CCUGAGUCAGUCAGUACGGAACCGUGCGCGAAGGUGAAUGGAAUGCUUUGUGCGAUCGCGUUUCCUCGGUGGCUCUGUGCAGCGAAACUGAAAACCGUGCGUGCCCGUGCGAACAUAGUGAGAGAGAAGAAGAGUACUACUACGAGUGUAUACUGUAAGCCCUAUACAGCGUAGUAACUCUGGCGUUUUUUUAGUGCACAUCCAUUGUUGUUAAUCGUUGAACUUUCCUUUGCGGGGAAUGGAAGACCCGCAAAUUGCGUGUGAAAUAUCGAUUUUCUUUGGUAGUGUGCCAGUGAAAGGGCUUUGUGUUGAUCGAUAAGACCAAAUUGGGAACCGAUUAAUGAUCAUUUGGGAAACAAAUCGACGUUGAUUGAAGUUAUUAAAUUGUAUAGCGCUCAAAAUACAUGAUGAGUUUUUAGUGGUUAACGUGAUACACCAGUGAUUUAUUUAAAAUCAAACCAAAAGUGAAAAAACCAACCCUACGUUUGCGUCAUCAACCAGUUAGUAAGCAGUCCAAUAAAUGGUUUUAUUGACCUAAAAAAUUCGGUCAAACGUGUUGUGUUGAAGAACGCGGGUGAACCGAAAGUGGUGCAGUUCCGUUCCUCGCUUAUCUUCUGAUGACUGGCGGCUUGAGUCUGUUGUGUAGACAGAGAAUUAAUUUUAAACGACGUUUGACCACCACUGCAGUAUUUUGAAAUGGAGUUUCCUGUGGGAUUACAAUCGAACGCUUUCUUCGGUUUAACGGGAAGAGGAAUGCAACAUGCUGGCUUUAGUUGGCUAUAAAACUGAAAAUUAAAUCUAACGGCAUUUCACAACAACACCGAUCGAAUCCGUUUCUUGUUCGAAACGGACAUCAUAAAAACGUAUAGAAAUAGAACACUUAGGCGGGAAGUACUAAAAGCAUUCAUACCGCUUUGCUGGCAUACUUUCGGCUGAACAACUUGAUUUACAACCCGGAGCGGAGUGAUUGACAGUAAACAAACGACCGUCCCGAGGGAUUGAGUGCGUGAGUGAGGUGGAAGCGACAGUUGAGUUUUUGAGACAACUCUUUUUUCGGCGUUCAUCCUUCGUCCGGACAACAAAGUCGAGUGUAGGUGUGAAUUACCGGUGGAAAUAACGAAUAUCCGUCGGAUUGGUUGAGUUGAAUAUAUACAGUUAUUACGCGAAAUUGAGAAACUGCGCAUGUGACUAAGGGAAACAUCGCGAACGGUGAUUCAAAGAAGCUAGCAGCAAAAGUGAUCAAGCGAUUUCACCAAAUAAUAAUACACAUAUGUGUCGCGUGCUGAAUACAUGUUUUGAAUACAUAGAUAAAAAUACCAGUUGAAGCUUUAAACUGGUGUUUUUUUUGAGGUCUAAAAUUUGCAGAAGUGCUGUGCGCCGGAGUUUAAGUGGGCGAAGGAUUUUAUUUUCUGUGACCGUGAAAGUGCUGAAUAGAAACUGUUUGAUAUAAGUGUGGAAUAGCGAGUCGUGAAUUUGAAUAGCAAUUGCUGGUUUUUCGGAAUACAGAAGUGAUAAAUUCUAGCAUCAUGAGAACCCGCAAAGCCACCAGUCACCGGGCGGUGGCUGCCCUAGCCACCGAUGAUGUAUUCCAGCAGAACGCUGCCGUCGGCUGGUGAGAAGCGUCCAGUCGACAAGCAGCAGAGUUUCAUUCAGCGUUUCUACCUGUUCGGAUCAUCCAGUCCUAGCAACCCUCCUGCAAACCUCAGCAGUAACCCACCUACCGGUGUCUCACCCAACACUCAAGAGCGUCCACAGCCGGUCAAAAAAGUGAAGAAGAAAGCCUCGGAGGACUCCGAAAAGGACAACUCUCCUCCUUACAGUGUCCAACGCUUGAAGCAAUUCUGGAAUAAUCGUCUCAGUCAGAGUGCGGGUUCGGCUCAAACGAGUGAAGCUUCCAUAUGCAGGAAGCUUAAAAGUGUCACCCUGAAUCCUGCUAACACCUCUAGAAAGCCAGCGACCCCCGAGUUCCUCCGGCGGAACGGAUCAACCAGAGGUUCGGCCACGCGACGAAACAUCGUUCGGAACAGUUUGAUUCCACUAUAUUCUAAUCUUGGGGUGAAGAAAGUAGCCAGUCCAAAACCUGCCCGAGUUAAACGGGAUAGUGGGAAUAGCACUGCCACGGCAACGACGACCGUUGGCAACCAGAAGCGCUCGAGUUUAAUUUUGAGUCCAACCAAGGACCAAGUGAAAGAGAAACGAUCCUGUGUCGAGCGGGUCGGUUAUAAUGCGGGAUUUCCUCUGGUAACGGCCGCAGCCACCGGGGGACAGAUCAACUGGGCACGGCGUGUAGAGUUGCUCGGUGUAAAACCGCUAAACGCUUCACAGGAAGAGCCACCAAAGAUGCCGAUGAAGGUCGAAAACUACGUCGGAAACUACAUCGACGUGGAGAUUCAGAAUGAACCUCCUCCAGCGGAAAAAUCGCCGGAAAAGGCUGUGGUUUCCGACGAGAAGGUUAUUGUUACACCACAGAGAUUAGAACCGAGAGAUUCACUAGACAGCAAGAAAAGUUCCAGCUCAGCGGACACGCUUUCGCUUGGACGUCGACAUGGAACACCAACGAGAAAAGUAAGUUUUCGCACAACGACUUCCCCGUUUAACCGGAAGCUGCUGCAUCCCAGCGGAAACAAGGUGGCCGCUCUGACGAAUAAGUUCAACAAACUUAUUCAGCAAGAUGCUGCCAUCCUGGAAGAAGUUCGCAAACGGGGAGGUUACCUGCACAAGUCCGGUGGCCACGUGUACAAAGUCAUCGAUGGUGAUGGAAACGGAAGUGUGCGGAAGAAAAUAACUCCAUCCACGGGUGGUAAAAUCGAAGACAGCUCCGAUGAUAUUACCGCCAGUGGUAAGGGAUCCUACCGUAAAACGGGGGUGAAGAAACGUCCAAGUCUGCGGAAGAAUCUGUACCGAACACCGGAGUGGGACUCGAAUAGAUCUUCGCUAUGCGUGAAGGAAGCCUUGGAAAUCUUUGAGCCGAACCAUUCGCUAAAGGUGGAUCGAAAACCACCCGCAGGAAAGGCGAAGCCCAAAGUGCCGGACAAAAGUGAUCAGGUCCUGCAGAAAACGAAGGAACUCAAGUGCAAGAAAUCGGUCCAAAUCGAAGCCAAAAGUUGUGAUAGUAGCCAAGUCGAGAACGUAGUGUUAAGCAAGGUGCCAAAUAGUAUUAGCGAAAUCGAUAGUAUUAGUAGCGAAAGUAAAGCCGAAGAGACCCACAAUACUCAACUAGACGGGGCUGGCGAUGUGUGCGAGGUAGACGGAAGUUCGCAAAGCACGGAGUGUGAUAGAUCCACCCCUACUCCAGCGUUGGAAAAGAUUCCAGAAUAUUCGGUGGUGAUAAAAAAGGUUGAAAAUAUUAAAGAGGCACCUACAACUUUGGUGGAGCAAUCCAUUCAGAAGAUAGAGAAAGAUAGACUAAUAGAACUGAAAACAGCGCCAACCAAACCCAAAAGUACCGUCCAGAAGAUUUACGAGAAGUUUACAUUCCGAUCGACGAAGAAGAUUAAUUUUAGUGCACCUGCAAGAACGUCCAGCGAAUCUCAGCUUAGCGCCACAGCAGAACCGGAAGACAGACUGAGCUUCUCACCGGUCAACACCCUCGGUCGAAAGUCCUUCAUUUCUUCGAUCGAGAUACCAACUAUUCACGUAGAAGAAACACGUGACGAAUCGUCCGACAAGAAGAUAGUAGACGCGAUUCGCUCACUCAAUCAGAAGAUCGACAAUCUAUCGAGAAGCUUCAACGAUCUUAGUCUGCAAGAGCCCGAGCAAGAAAUCACGGUUCAGAAAACGGUGCAACCAAAUAACUCAUUCCUGUACCGCAGCAUGACCAAAAUCAGCCACGGAAAUGAAACGGCCAUCAGCCAGAUGAAUAUCGUCCAGGCGGUAAACACCGUACUGAUCAACAAAUCUGUCUCAAUGGAUGAUCAUCAUUUUCCCUGUCGGGACAAUUCGGACAGCCUGUACGUUAAGCAGACAACCCCGAAGAUGUCAAUCAGUAAACCACCCACGCCGAUCGAGAACGACUACGAACUGGUGUCCAAAGUGGAGUCUCCGAGCAAAGCGGAGACCGUCUCAACUAGGGGCAGCACCAUGAGUAUCGACAUUAUGGAACUAACCGCCAAGAUCGAGUCCUUCGUUUACAAAGCGAAGCUCUCAGAAGACAACUACCAAAGCGUCAAUACGCCCGAGCCAGUUGUGGCCAAAAAGCCGAAAGAUGCCGAUAAUCAGAGCGUCAACAGUUACGAAUCGUUCGAGAACUACGAAUCGAUUGAUCGCGCGAAUGAUCAUCACCACCCCACAAAAGAGGAAGACACGUACGAAAUUUGCAACCCUCCGCAACCUUUACCUCCGCGAAAUGAUAGCCUCACACUUCCGCAACCAAGGCGUAACCUUGCCGGAUCUCCUAGUUUCUUGCCAAUCUACCAGCCAAGCUACGAAAAAAUCAAGUACGAUAAAACUCCUCCCCGACCGCCGAAGUCGGAGGAAAUUCCUCUGCCACCACGGAACACUAUUCCCAUGGAUCUCCCACUGAAUCGAGAACCGUCGAUAUCUCCAACGCUCUCCGAAGAGCCCAUCUACGAGGAAAACAUCUACGACACAAUCCGCAGCAGCGACGGCAUCGAUUACGACGACCCGAACGGCAGUGGCGAAGUGGUCAUCAAACGCCCGAAAGCCAGUCUCCCGCCGGACGCCGUAUCAAUCGUCUCGUCCAACUGUUACGAAUCGAUCGGAUCCAAGCUGACUGUAGACUUCCUGCGGCACGGUAUUGCCACCCUGCCACGCAUGGGAUCGAUUUCGACGCUCGCGUCCGAUCAGAUCACCAACAGCCUGUACGGGUGCCAGACGGAAAUACAAAGUUUAACACCACCCAGCGAACGCGGUAGCGACACCAGCAACAGCGCCGAGUGGACCGACAUCUCCGACGACGAGGACGACGAGGGUAGCGACUCCAGGCGGAACAACUUCAUAAUUGUUCGGAAGCGAAAUAAAGCCCACCAGAUGCCCGUUUGGUCGCGGAAGGUUCGCCACAAGAUGGUGUCACAGCAACAGCAGGAACAGCUGCUGCAGCACGAGCAGCUGCUGCAUUCCGGCCGGCCAAAGUUGGACGAUGAUUCCGACCACGUGUACGAGUCGCUGGAUUCACACGGACAGUCCCGCCAGAGCACCCCGUCAGUGGAUUCCGGCACCCUCAAGCACAGCCGGCGAGUUCCACCGCCUCCACCUGCCCAAAUCUGUGUCAACGGCGAACCCCAAACGCCGGUUGGCGCUGGCUGGUCUAGUACUAACUACGCCCAUCAUCAUCGUCACCAUCAUGCCAGACCGUCACCGGACGACAACUUUCUCAGCAACGAGGACGAGUUCGACUCGUUCGACAGUGACAACGAGAGUGAUGAGGAUCAUCACCGCAAGAAUGACAGCGGGGUGGACAUCAGCAAUGUCAAGCUGCCGGAUCCCCCACCACCGAACGGGCAAGUCUACGCUCUGAUGCAGAAAAUCAAAAGCCUAGGAACCCUGUCGAAAUCGGAAAUCACCAAAGGACUGAACAAACUUUCUAAAAAGCGAAACAGCUCCACCAAGCUUUCGAAAGUCUUCACCGGCGAGGGGCUGACUUCCCCCACCGGAACCGAUGAGUCGACCAACUACGAAAAUACGCCCCUCCCGAAGCUCCCUAAAACCAAGUCCAAAUCCUUCAAGCUACCCUUGCAGCUGUCGGGCUCUAAACCACCAUCCGAGGACUACGAAAACACCGACUUCCACAGUCCAGUUUCGCCGAGCUCUCCUUCUCCGAACAGUUCCGCACUCGCAUCUAGUCCCGCUUCGGAACAGGCAGAAAAAUCCAUUCUAGCCAGCAUUAGUAACAGUGACUCGAGCAACGUCUCGACGUUUCGGAAAAAGUCCAAAAGUGGUAAAUCGCUUCGUUCGAAGUUGCGCAAAAGUCUUCAGUCGGAAUCUAGUCUCAACAUCGGUAGCUCCUUCAACGGAUCGCGCAGCACAUUCUACGUGACGGAUUCGUUGGACGUGGACUCCGGUAUCUUCAAUGGCAGCGAACCGAACAGCUCUUCAUCGAACCUGAAUGUAUCGUCGACUGGGGACAAGGACACUUCGGUGCAUUCCCCCGUCAAGGUUAGCGAUAUCAAGCCAGACACCGAUAGGCGCAAAUCAGCCAACGGUACUCCGGCCAGCCGACCUACAAUUCCUCCACCGCCUCCACCCGCAAAUGCUAACGCCAAUGGGGAUAAGAAGUUUCUUAAAAACCGAAAACUUGGGGCCACCUCUUGGUAUGCCGAAUGUGGUGUGUUCAAAUCCGAAAGUCUCAAACAGGCAUCGUUAGACUGUGAGCUGAAAAGCAAGGAACGAAGUACAACCUCUUGGUAUGCCGAAGUGGGGCUUUACCAAACGAGCGGUAUUUCAGUUGCCAGCUCCAGCGAAAGCUCCGGUGUGUCAACUGGUGGCGAAGGUGGCCCGGGUGAUGACCACUCCCACAGCAUGUUCGUAAACGAACCGCUGUACCAGAUCUACAAUGCGGCCAAGUUGGAAUCUCUCACAAGAGACAUCGAUGCGGAAAUCGCCGGAAACACGGAACUUUACGAUGACGGUUACGAGAAAAUUUCCAACCACAGCAAAGAUGGUGACCGCAACAGUUUUGCGGACGAGGAAAUCGGACGCAAACUGCGUCCGACUGCUUUCGAGCUGAUCGAACCGAAUGUUGGCAAGCUGCGGACGCUCUGGUGUGAGAUACCAGAAGUGAUCAAUUCGCAAAUUCUGCUGACUCUUACGGCAAACGAAAAGCGUCUUCAGGAGGCCAAAUUUGAAAUCCUAACUUCGGAAGCGUCCUACUUGAAAUCCCUAAACUUGCUGCGGUCACACUUCAUCAACCAUCCAGCUUUCCGGGACGUGAAAGUGUUGACCUCGUCGGAGCGAAAAACUCUUUUCUCAAACAUUAUUCCGGUCCAUGAAUGUUCCGAUCGGCUGCUGUGCGACCUGGAAAACUGCUGGCAAGAUAACAUCAUGCUACUCGGUUUAAGUCACAGCAUAUUCAAACACGCCGAAAAGCAUUUCCACGUGUACGUGAACUAUUGCGAAAAUCAGGCCAAAAUCGAUCGGAUGCUUAAGAAUUUGAAAGCGCAUAAACCCGAGUUCACUAAAAUGCUGGUCGAGCUUGAAUCCGACCCGAUUUGUUGUGGCCUUAGCUUGUCCUCCUUCCUGAUGCUUCCCAUGCAGCGAAUUACUCGCAUGAGACUGCUUCUGGAUGCUGUACUGCAGCGGCUCAAAUGUGAUGAUGACGAGUUCGAAAAUUGGGAGAAAACUUUUGUCCUGAUCAACCGAAUUCUCACACAGUGUAACGAUGCCGCCCAUCGAAGUGAGCAAAUGCACGAAAUGGAAAUGAUUUCCCGAAACAUUGAGUUCCCCACCCACAUCCGACCGCUAGCGGUCGUACCCUGUGGAAUCGGUUCCCCCGGCAGUGUGAUACGAAAGCUAGAAAAGCGGGGUGAUCUGGUGCACUUGCUGUGGCGAGGAGACGACGCCAAACUAACAUUCGGAAAGAAGUUCAGUAAGAGCAGCAUCUACGCGUUCCUGUUUACUGAUCUGCUUGUGUUGGCCAAAAAGAAGGGCGACGAAACCUACCUCGUCACUGACUACUGCCCUCGUGCUCUGCUAACUGUCACCUCCGGCGAUGUUGUUCCCCAGCUGCCAACCAAGGAGAUGCAGGCAAUUGGCAAACAUCUUAUCAUAAUGACGCUGUUGGAAAAUCAUGAGGGAAAGACUGUAGAAAUGAUUUUAAGCUGCCCAUCGGAAACGGAACGAGAACGUUGGCUCAAGGUCACCGAGCCGCUGGCGUCGGAAAAUCCAGACGAAAAAAUAUACGAACAGUGGGACUGCCCCCAGGUGAUUGCCGUCCAUCCCUACCAGGCGCUGCAACCGGAUGAACUGGAUCUGGACAUCAAAGAUGUUGUGAACGUGCACCGAAAAAUGGCUGACGGCUGGUACGAGGGAGAACGCAUUCUGGACGGUGCCGUUGGCUGGUUCCCCGGCAACUACACCAAGGAGAUCUUUUCAGCGCACAUCCGGGCGAAGCACAUCAAACAACGGCACAUGCUGCUCUCGUAUACCUCCAAGUAUAUCGAUACGACCACAAUGAAGCUGCCGAAGAAGUGACCUCCCGCCCUGUCCGCGUAAUUGUAAAUAAACGAUGAAUGAUUCCAAUUCGCCCUGCACGCCCUGCAAAGGGUUAGAACGGGACGUUUUAUCUAAUAAUCAAAAGCAAUGUAUAUGUUAGCAGAGUGAAUAAGUUGUGUAAUUAAACUGCUAUGUGUUGGAUUUGAAGUUGUUUUGGAUUGUCUAGUUGUAAAAUUUUAGCACUGAAAACAAAACUCACGAGUUCGUGCAAAUCAAAUAUGUGUGCAAAGCAUAAUUUUAUUUAAAUUAUUCUGAUAGACCUUAUUGUCAAAGAGGAAUAUGUAGUGAAAAAAGAAGGUAGCAUCAUGUAAAAAGUUUAAACUAAGCUUGAACAGAAAAACUCCGAGUUAUGAUCGAAUAGUAUUAAAAUUCAAUAGAAACAAAA